AUGGUGUUUUGUUAGGAGAUAUUUUUUAAGUAAGACAAUAAAUCAAAUACAUUGCGUGUAUAUUUAUGCAUAAUAGAAGAAUUGAUGUAUUUAAUAUUAUAAAAACUUAGAAAAGUGGUGUGUUCAUAUAUUAGAAGAUCUGCUGAUCUAAGAAAUCAUUAGACCUUUUUCAGAUUUCACUCUAAAUCAAAAUAUAUUGAGCUUACUAUUCUCGAAAUAAGUUUAGGGUUUACUUUUAUAUAUUACAAUUAAUUAUAUACAUUAUAUACUUAGUAAAUUAUAGAUUCUCUUAAAAAAAUUAUUUUCAUAAAUAGUAUAGACUACAGAUCCUAGAACUUCCAAAAUCUCAAUGUAAGUUGUUUUUUGAGAAUCCAUGAGUAGUGUAAGGCUAUAUCAACUCUAUUUAGUCAAAUGUGAACUUUUUUCAAUAUAUGAUGUGAAAUUUAUCGUAUUUAUGACACAAAAUUUUCAAAGGCGUGCUUACAAUAGUAUCCUGAAAGGAUAUUUUUGA